CAACAGUCUUAACCCUCUCCCUUCCGCGACGGACAAAACAUCAAACAUUCCAGUUGUGAAGCCCUCUUGGCCUUCGUAGUUCGAUUCUCAACGGAGCUCGCAUAUCGGAUCCAGUCAUGGCGGAAGAUCUAGUUCUCGACACUGCCAUCAGAGAUUGGGUGCUGAUUCCGCUCUCCGUGGUCAUGGUUCUCAUCGGAGUUCUCCGCUACUUUGUCUCCAAGCUUAUGCGCUCGUCUCCAGUCCCCGAUGCCAAAGUCGUACGAGAAGGGCAAAUCGUACUUAGGGCUCGGAAUUUACGAUCUGCUGCUAAUUUUAUUCCCCAGAAGUCGUUUCGAUCCCGCAGAGUUUAUUACGGCAACGAGGAGAACGGACUGCUCUUUGUUCCCAAAGGCCAGGCCCAAAAUGCACAAGCACAGAUGUUUUCGGAUCCAAACAUGGCAAUGGAUAUGAUGAAGAAGAAUCUCUCCAUGAUUAUACCUCAGACCCUAACUUUUGCGUGGGUCAACUUUUUCUUCUCCGGAUUUGUAGCAGCAAAAAUACCCUUUCCACUGACUCAGAGGUUCCGGUCGAUGUUACAAAAUGGGAUUGAUUUGAGUACUGUGGAUGUCAGCUAUGUCAGUAGCCGAUCAUGGUACUUUCUAAAUUUGUUUGGAUUAAGAGGUUUAUUCAGUCUCAUUCUGGGAGAAGAAAAUGCAAUGGAUGACACACAGAGAAUGAUGCAAAUGUCUGGUUUUGGCAUGGACCCAACAAAGGGGUUGAGUGCCGAGAAAGACAACUUAGAUAUAGUGCAGCAUGAAUGGGUCUUACCCAAGUUUGAGCAUCGCGCUGAAGCUGUGUUGAGAAAGAUCAUCAGCUGAUCGGUUUCUCUGUCACAGGUCUUCUACUAGUAAAUUUUCUCUGGUUGUUACGAGUUAGAUACUUUUUUUUUGAGAUUAUUGUGAAACAUAGAAAUCUGUUUUUAUCAACCAUGGAUAUUGUAACACUAAAUUAUUUUUAGACAACUAAUAGGAUUUUUCCAAGUCAUGCACAAUCAAUUCUUAUAAGGACACCGUUUAAAGAUGGAAUGCAAUAAUGACGUUGAAAUUUGCUGGA